UUACCCUCAAUCGCCUUCAUCCUCCCUCCCAUCACCCCGGCACCGUUUUUGGCGACCGGCCCUCUUAGAACCGGCACUGCUUGCCAUAGUAGCUCUUGUAGUGACUGUGUGUGGAUUUGUGGAUUGUGCAAGGUUGUUCAAGGAGUCACCACCGCCAGGGGCACCGGUCCAGCUGGAUGCUGUUUUACUCAUUUGGUUCGCUGGACAACUUGCGAUUGAUUUGUUGCUUUGUGUGCUGCUGUGUCGCUCGCUUGGCUCUAGACUGACUAGCGGCUCAUGGAUAGCCCGAGUCGUGCGUUUUAUGGGUGAAGCGGGCGGUACGCAACUCGUCGUUGUGUUCCUGGCACUUGUCUUGAUUGUUUCGUGGAGAGGCGGGAAACCGCCCUCGACGCUUACGAUGGUGGCGCCUGCACUGCUCCCUGUGAUUUAUGCGAAUACAGUGCUCUUACAUACCGCGUCUACGUAUCUUCGUCCCACGCUUGAGAUGUCGUCACCACGGACGCCAUCAAAGACCGUUCGGAGCAAGUUUGAGGAUAUUGAGAUGGGUUUGCGUGGGUCUAGUAAUCGUUCGCCGGCACAUGUCGAUCUUGCCGGCGCAGCUGCCGCUGCAGAGAGCGCGUAUUCAACAACUGUGGAUUCGACUGAUGGCGGCGCGACGCUGCGGGCGAAGGCAAUGGCGUAUGGUCGUGAGAAGGAGGCAGCAGCAGCAUCGGGUUCUGCUGCUCCUGCACACGUGCAUCUGGAACGCGAUACGAUCGGUGAAAGCUCGACUAGUAACCUUUUGAACAAUGCUGCUGGCGGGACUGCGAGUGCGAGUGCAAACGCAAGUGAGACCGCUAAGAUGAGGGCACCAUCAGUACGUAGUGGUGUGAGUACAGCAUUGUCCCUGGAGUUGCCAACUUUCAGACGCGGUCGUGCACGUUGGACAUCCGGCUACCCUGUGGAUGUUGAGAGUGGGAGCGAGGGGAGUGAUGAGUGGGACGAGGAGAUCGAGUUUGAUAGUGAGGAAGACGGAGGCGGAACGUGGGAUUAUGGGUUUGCGAACACGGAGAGGGAGAAGGAACGUGCGGCUGCAGCUACGAUGCUUGCAGGUGCAAAUAGUCUCAGCCCGAACGAUACAGGGACAAGGAUAGGUGUGCAAUGUGGUGGUAGGAAUCCAUGGCAGAACUUUACACGUCAGCCUGGUAAAAGAAAUUCGUACCCUGCCGGAGGAUCUUCUCGACCAUCUAGUUGGCGACGGACUGUGCAUCCACUUGCGACAUCUACGAAUGCAGGGGACGGAGAUGCAGAGGCAGAUGAGAAUGACGAUACAUUGUCGAUGCUGUCAUCAACAUCAGCGGGAAGACGAAGAAGAUAUUCGCACCAUCGUCCACCGAAACGUCCCCAAGGACCGUCGUUUAGCAAGCCGAAACCACUGCACCGACUUUUACCACGGGCGCCUCUACCUCCUCCCUUACCAAGUACGAGUUCCGCGAACGCCUCGACUGAUUCGGUCUACCUCACCGGUGGUGGAGGCGGAGGAUUAGGUUCACCCGCAGGUUCUGUGUUGGUCAUUGGACGAGGGAAUUUGAUGCGCGAACCGAGCAUUGCAGAACAGAGUAUAAAUGCUGCUGCGAGUGUUGCGGCGACCCGCGCGAGCACAGGGAGUAUGUGGAGCACGUUUAGCUAUACGUAUCCCCGGCCGUUUACCCUCCCGGACUUAGACGUGGACUUACAAGGAGGGCUGGGGAUAUCUACUGAAGGAAGCGGCGAUGGAGUUGUUGGGGGAAGUACAGGUGUAAAUGGGAGAGGAUCAGGUGAAGGGACAAGGACCGGGGAGUCCGAUUUGGGUGCAGCACUUGCAUUGAGUUCAUUAAGCGGCUCCGGUUCGGGAGUGGGAGACUCAAAUGCACCACAUCCGUAUUCUGCCGCCGCUGCAGGUGUUGGAGGGAGCAGUGCUGGGGUGGACACGCAGGAGGGUACAGCGAGAAGAAGGUGGAACGUCCAUCCGUUGAAGAGAAUUGCAGAUAUGGGGAGGUUGAGAUCUUGAUUUUCCUUGAGUCCCUUGAUUCGGGAGUGUUUUGGACUCUUCUUUUUGGUUCUGAGUCGAAUUGAUGGAGAUGGAGGCCUAGCGCUUGCAUGCAUUUCUUCACUCUCGUUUGAAUCUUGCCUUGAUCGUUUAACCAAAUUUUUUAAGCAUUUUUCAUCUUAUUUCCUUGCUUGUUCUCCAACUAACAACUCACAUUGUACACAUGCAUGCACGCCCACCUUUACUUUCUCGCCUGUCCUUUUACUGUCCUUUGUUUUUGUCACCAUGUUCUGUCUCAACUGGAGCCCUCUAACCGGUUAUUCUUCCUUUCGUCUUCAUCCUCCGCAAGUUCGGAACGCAAUUCGGCAUUCGACCAACGUUUUACAUUUUUCUCUUCUCCUAGGUUUUUUUGCCCCCGUAAGUCUUCGCGUAUAUAUACCUUCGUGCAGCCUCUUCCUUUUUGCAUUUUCUUCCGGUGAGGCUGCAUUCUUAAUCUCUUGCUUUCCAACUGAUCAAUCAUUACUUACCAUACGUUUCACAAUUCCUCACGCUCACGCACCCCCCAAUUAACGAAAAAUCCGUACUACUACAGCAAUGCUUGAUUUUGAUUUUCCUUUUCUCGCUUUCUUAUGAUUGGUGUAGUACUGGAUGUGUAGCUUUAUCUCCC